CUGGGACAAAGUUCAGCCAGAGAGACGCCUUUAGAGAAUCCUGAUCUCUAAUGUUUCUUUCCUAAACUGCUCCAUUAAAGAUUUUGGAGGAGCGUUUUGUCCUGUCCACAUUGAUAAUAAGCCACUCUUCAAUCCAUCCAUUGAUCGAAAUAAUUCUGAAAAAAUGGUUGGAUUUGGACCUGCAGAUGUGCCUCCAUCAGCAGCUGUGAAGUUUGUAGGAGCAGGAGCUGCAGGCUGCAUCGCUGACCUGCUCACCUUUCCCCUGGACACAGCCAAAGUGCGGCUUCAGAUACAAGGAGAGCUCAGGGCUUCAGCAGCUGCAGGGAAAGGGUCUGCAGUGAGGUAUCGUGGAGUGUUUGGCACCAUCACCACCAUGGUGCGCACAGAGGGGCCCAGGAGCCUUUACAGUGGACUGGUGGCAGGACUCCAGAGGCAGAUGAGCUUCGCCUCUGUCCGCAUUGGCCUCUAUGACUCUGUCAAACAGUUCUACACCAAAGGCUCUGAUCAUGUUGGUAUCGGCAUUCGACUGCUUGCAGGAUGUACCACCGGGGCCAUGGCGGUUGCAUUUGCUCAGCCUACAGAUGUAGUGAAGGUCCGCUUACAGGCACAGGCCAGGCGUCCUGGGCAAGCCAGACGCUACUGUAGCACUAUUGAUGCUUACAAGACCAUUGCUAAAGAAGAAGGCAUUCGUGGUCUGUGGAAAGGUACAGCUCCAAACAUUGCACGAAAUGCAAUCGUCAACUGCACUGAGCUGGUGACGUACGAUUUCAUCAAGGAUUCCCUCCUUAAGUCCACUCCCCUGACAGACAAUCUGCCCUGCCACUUUGUAUCGGCCUUUGGUGCUGGGCUGUGCACAACAGUGACUGCCUCUCCAGUUGAUGUGGUCAAGACAAGAUAUAUGAACGCUGCUCUUGGCCAGUACAGCAGUGUCCUCAUUUGUGCUUCUGCCAUGAUGAACAAAGAGGGGCCGCUUGCCUUUUAUAAGGGGUUCAUGCCAUCUUUCUUACGCCUGGGCUCGUGGAACGUGGUGAUGUUUGUGACAUACGAGCAGCUGAAGCGAGCCAUGAUGGCAGCGAAUCACAACUUCACAGCUAUACCCUAACCAUCGUUGUCUGUGAGAAGGCGGGUGUUGUAGCACAGUGGUGUUGUUUACAAAUGUCUUUGCGUCUUGUUGCCUCCUAGUGUAUAUUUAAACUC